AUGCCUAUGCCUUGGUUCCUGCUGUCCUUGGCACUGGGCCCCAGCCCUGGUGUCCUCUCUCUGGAGAGGCUUGUGGGGCUUCAGAACACUGUUCACUGCUCUCCGGGCCUCUCCUGCCAACUCUGGGAUGGUGAUAUGUUCUGUCUGCCUGGGACCAUCGAGCCCACCCCUGGGCCUGUGCUGGUGCCUACUCGCCUACAGACAGAGCUGGUGCUGAGAUGCUACCAAGAGACUGACUGUGACCUCUGUGUGCGUGUGGACGUCCACUUGGCUGUAUAUGGGCACUGGGGAGAGCCUGAAGAUGAGGAAGAGUUUGGAGGAACAGCUGACCCAGGGCCUAGAAAGCCUAGCAAUGCUUCUCUGCAGUCCCAAGUCGUGCUAUCCUUCCAGGCCUACCCUACUGCCCGCUGUGUCAUACUGGAGGUGCAAGUGCCUUCCUCUCUCGUGCAGUCUGGUCAGUCUGUGGGCUCAGUAGUAUUUGACUGCUUCGAGGCUGCCCUAGGGGGUGAGGUGCAAAUCUGGUCCUACACUCAGCCCAGAUACCAGAAGGAACUCAACCUCACACAGCAGCUGCCUGACUGCAGGGGGCUCGAAUUCCGGGACAGCAUCCAGAGCUGCUGGGUCCUACCCUGGCUCAACUUGUCUGCAGAUGGUGACGACAUGCGUGUGGUGCUGGAUGUCUCUGAGGAGCAACACUUCAUCCUUUCCCUCUACUGGGACCAGGUUGAGGGACCCCCAAGAUCCAAGUGGCAAAGAAACAUGACUGGGCCACAGAACUUUACCUUGAACCACACAGAACUCGUUCCCUGCCUCUGCAUUCAGGUGUGGCCCCUGGAGCUCGAUUCCAUCAGGACCAACCUCUGCCCCUUCGGGGAGGACCCCCGCGCGCACCAGAAUCUGUGGCGUGCCACCCGGCUGCGGCUGCUGUCCGGGCAGAGUUGGCGGCAGCGUUGGCAGCUGGAUGCACCAUGCGCGAUAUUCGCUGAGGCGACUCUGUGCUGGCGGGUGCCGGGCGGGGGCCCCUGCCAACCGCUGGUCCCGCCUCUGCCCCGGGAGAAUGUCACUGUGAACAAGGCCUUCGAGUUUGAGCUGAAGAGCCACCCCAACCUCUGUGUCCAGGUGAGCAGCUGGGAGAAGCUGCAGCUGGAGGAGUGCUUGUGGGUUGAUUCCCUAGGACCCCUCAAGGAUGACAUGCUGCUAGUGGAGACACAAGGCCCCCAGAACAACAGAUCACUCUGUGCCUUGGAACACAGUGGCUGCACCCCACUUCCUAGCAAGGCCUCCACGAGGGCAGCUCGUCUUGGAGAGCAGCUACUAAGGGACCUGCAGUCAGGCCAAUGUGAACGGCUGUGGAACAACAGUCUGGGAGUGCUGUGGGUGUGCCCCAUGGACAAAUAUAUCCACAAGCGCUGGGCCCUGGUGUGGCUGGCCUGCUUACUCUUUGUCGCUGUGCUGCUCCUCCUUUUCCUUCUCAAAAAGGACCACGUGAAAGAGUGGCUGCGGCUUUUGAAGAAGGACGUCCGCUGGGGGGUGGCCACCAGAGGCCGCCGGGCUCUACUACUCUACUCCGCCGACGACACAGACUUCGAACGCUUAGUGGGCGUCCUAGCGUCGGCGCUGUGCCAGCUGCCGCUGCGCGUGGCCGUGGACCUGUGGAGACGUCGUGAACUGAGCGCGUAUGGGCCCUUAGCUUGGUUCCAUGCGCAGCGGCGCCAGACGCUGCAGGAGGGUGGUGUGGUGGUCCUACUCUUCUCACCCGGGGCCGUGGCGCUUUGUCGCGAGUGGCUGCAGGACGGAACGUCUGCACCAGGGGAACACGCCCAGGACGACGCCUUCGCCGCCUCGCUCAGUUGCUUGUUGCCCGACUUCCUGCAGGGCCGGGCACCCGGCCGCUACGUCGGGGCGUGCUUUGACAGGCUGCUCCCCCCGGACGCCGUGCCCUCCCUUUUCCAUAUGGUGCCUGUGUUCUCACUGCCCACACAGAUGCUCGACUUCUUAGAGGCCCUGCAGGGGCCCCGCGCCCCCCGGCCUGAGCGGCUCAGGGAGAGGGCGGGGCACUUGUCCCAAGCCCUCCAGCAGGCUCUGGACAGCUGCUUUCCGCCUCCGGAGGUGACAGGGCGGUGA